GGGAGGAGUCUCUUGCAUGCAGGGUUAGGUAGGGAGAAGCACCUACACGCAUAUCUGUUGAGCUCACUGUAAGGCCUCCUAGUCACCAAUGAGUCUGAUACGAGGAUGCCAAUGAGAAGAAAUCUCGUCCAAGUCGCCUGAAGCUGCAGCCACGGAAUCUUGCUUGUAGGCAUGGGUAUUACCGACCAUGCAAUCUAGCGCAAUAUCUGGACUUUCUGAAGAGUAGACCAAACAUCUGUUGCUCAGCCAUUCGGAGCACUAUCAUCAGCUUACAGGCUCCGGAGGUUCCUCUUCUUGGCUGUACAUUUCAGGAUCCAGCAUGCCCAUUCUAGAACAAGAGUCACCCAAAGGUCACGGGGACCACCAUGUCUUGCCUAAGCUACCCAUCCCAACUUUGCACCAGACUCUGGACAUGUACCUAAAGUGUGUGGAGCACCUGGUCAAACCAGAGCAAUUCAAGAAGACCAAAGCCAUUGUGGAGAGGUUUGGAGCAGCAGGAGGGCAAGGAGAGUUCCUUCAGGAAAAGCUAAUGGAGAAAAGAGAGAAAACGGACAACUGGGUGUACAGCUACUGGCUGGAUGACAUGUAUCUGAGCAACCGACUGGCUCUACCUAUCAAUUCCAGCCCUGCCAUGGUUUUCCCAAAACAAGUUUUCAAAGAUCGUAGUGACUCACUCAGAUUUGCUGCUCAUCUAAUAUCGGGGGUUUUAAACUACAAGAGUCUACUUGAUGGACGGUCCCUGCCUGUGGACUAUGCCCGGGGCCAGCUAGCCGGAACUCCGCUCUGCAUGGAGCAAUACUAUCGACUUUUCACAACCUACCGCCUCCCUGGACUGAAGAAGGACACCCUUGUCACUCAGACGAGCAGCGUCAUGCCAGAACCAGAGUACAUCAUAGUGGCUUGUAAAAAUCAGUUCUUCGUGCUGGAUGUGGUGAUUAACUUCCGCCGGCUCAAUGAGAGUGACCUCCUGGCACAGCUGGAGAAGAUCGUAAAGAUGGCAGAAAACACAGAAGAGCCGCUCCCACCGAUUGGUCUGCUCACAUCAGAUGGAAGGACAGAGUGGGCCGAAGCCCGAGCCAUGCUAAUCAAAGAUUCCACCAACAGGGACUCACUAGAUAUGAUUGAGAGGUCCCUAUGUCUGUUAUGUUUGGACGACACCAGUGGAGCUGAGCUCACGGACACCAACAGAGCCCUGCAGAUGCUGCACGGUGCAGGCCACCAGAAGAAUGGGGGCAAUCGCUGGUAUGACAAGCCAAUGCAGUUUGUUGUAGGGGCAGAUGGAGCUUGUGGCGUGAUCUGUGAACACUCCCCCUUUGAAGGAAUCGUCCUCGUGCAAUGCACGGAAUACCUGCUGAAAUACAUGAAAGGAAGCCCCUCAAAGCUGGUGAGGGCAUCCAGCAUCACGAAUCUGCACACCCCCCGUAGGCUGCACUGGAAAUGCUCCCCGGAGAUCCAGGAGCGCCUGGCAUCCUCAGCUCACAAGCUCCAAAGACUGGUGAGAAGCCUUGACAUGGACGUUUUCAAGUUUAAAGCUUACGGAAAGGAAUUCAUCAAGAAGCAGAAAAUGAGCCCAGAUGCAUACAUACAGGUGGCACUGCAACUGGCAUUUUACAGAUGUGAAGGAAGGACUGUGCCUACUUACGAGAGCGCGUCCAUCCGCCGCUUCCGAGAAGGCAGGGUGGACAACAUCCGCUCGGCCACAGUGGAGGUCCUGGCCUUUGUGAAAUCCAUGACGGAUGGGAAGGCGGCGGUACCCGAUGCUGAAAAGAUGAAAAAACUCUGGGAUGCAAUUUCUGCUCAGACUAAUUAUACCAUCUUAGCAAUUACUGGAAAAGCUAUAGACAAUCACUUGCUCGGCCUGCGGGAGAUUGCGGAGGAGUUAAACGUGGAAAAGCCUGAGAUUUUCUCAGACGAGACAUACGUGUCCAGCAAUAAGUUCAUUCUUUCCACAAGCCAGGUCCCCACCACAGUGGAGAUGUUUUGCUGCUACGGCCCAGUGGUGCCCAACGGCUAUGGCACCUGCUACAACCCUCAGUCAGAUCACAUCAUCUUCUGCGUGUCCAGCUUUCGGGAGAGCGUGGAGACGUCCUCGGCCGUGUUCAUCAAGGCGCUGGAGGAAGGCUUGCUGGACAUGAGGGACCUGUGCUGCAAACAGAACACAGCAGCCAAGCCCGUCACCCCGAAAGAUGGUGCCACUGCGAGAAAUGGAAGUAAGCCAUAGUGGGGGGGUGGACACACACCCCUCACCACAACCAAUCACAUGAACACUACGCUGUAGCUGCCCAUGUUGUGUAGUUGUUCUGGUUUAGACACAAUUAAUCCAGUAUCUACAUAAAUAUGGACCAACCACUAAAAGAUAUAAGGACCAUAUCAAAUCAUUCCUAAUAAAUCAAUAUCUGUUUCAUACCAAAUAUGUCUAUAUAUGGGAUUCAUAAUGGCUCAGUAAGCAGGACUGUUGCUUCAUACCUCUGGAGUUGAGGGUUUGAACCCAUGGUGUCCUCCAGGUUUUCAAGUUUCCUUCAACAUUCCAAAGAUAUGCAAUUUGGUUAACUGACAUCUUAUAAUUGUCUAUAAUAUCCCAUCCAGGGUAUACCAUUGCUUUGGAUAGACUCCUUUGGUCCCGUGACCCUGAAAAAUUGAAAGUUCUAAAUCAUAAUCAGGCGACUUUGACAUGGUACUUCAAAUGACAAGAAAAACUGCUAAGGUUAGACCAGUAAAGUCUAACAAAAACUUGCACUUUCAUGUUGCACCUUGACGAGAAACUUACCUUUAAUGUAAAGAAUUUGAAAUUUAUUGUCAGUAAGUUGUUUUUUUUUAAUAUUGUGCUGUUUAUUACACUUCAGCAAACGCUGAAGUAAUGUCUCAUCAAAUAGUAUUUUAUCAUAAUCAGAUUCUGUCAUUUUAAUAGCUGUUCUGUUACGAUGUGUGUUAAAUGUGUGUUAAACGUGCUAAAAUGUAAAAUGUUACUGUUAAUGUUUACCUGUGAUACUUGUGGCAAUAGCGUAAUAAAGAAAAGAUCACAAAAUAAAUUACUAUAAAUAUAUAUUAAUACUAUAUUAUAUUAAUAUUACAACAUAUAACUUAAUCAUUAACUUACUACUAUUUACUGAAGUACAGGAACUGCUUUGUAACAAAAUACAUAUAAUUAUUAAAUGAAAUCUAUGCAAUAAGAGAAAAAAUAAAAAGUAGACAGAUAUUACCUGCUGAUAUAUUAGCUGAUAUAUUUUAGAAGUUUUAGUAUUUUGUGAGUCAGUAAACAGAAGUUUAUGCCAAAGUACAUAUAUUGUUGCAGUAAAAAGUGGUAUUACAAUUUGUGUUGAAUAUCGCAAGUAAAACAAAGUAGAGAAAUGUCUGUUUCCAUAACACUUCAAGAUUAAUCAAAGUGAAACGUGUGAACAUUCAAUAUAAGUUACACAUGCUCAACAUAUACGUACACAAAUAUGCUCAUCAAACGUCAAAUAUUUCAGUAUAUGCAGAUGUUCAUUUAAAAUAGCGAUGGUUUCUGUGGAAAUGAACACCACAUAUGUAUGUCAUAUUUAGUACAUUUUAUGUAUAUAAAUACAUAAAAUGCACUUUAUGUAUAUUAUAUAUACCCACAUGAUUUUUCUCCCAUAGUGCCAAAUACUUUUUAAUAGUAUCCUUUUCACGAUUUCAAUUAACUUGUGAAAAAUGACUGCCUGUUAGUCAGGUUUGGACAUACAGAUGUUUCAGAUUCAUCAUCUAUAUUGUAGACCAUAAACUGUUCCACUCCAGCAAGGGAUACAGUAUUACUAUUCUGAAUGAUGCAGUCUAUUUCUGGAUAGAUCCAGUCUCCAGCAAGAUAUUAUCCAAAUCUGUAAUAACAAAAAAUAAGUCUUUCUGAAUGUUGCAGAUAAAAACCUUAAAACUGUGAUCUUUAGAGAAAACAUAGUAUUUUUAUUCUUUAUUUUUGUACAUUACAUGUCAUAUUAAGUUAUUAGAUGUAUUUUAAUUGAAAUAUAUGUAAUAAUACUACAUUAGAGUAUAAUGUGUAUAGAGAUAUAGUAUUGUAUGAAAUGUGAAAAUGUAUAUUGUCAUACUGUGCAACAUUGAAAACAUUGAAAAUAAAGAUGAAAUUUAUUGUGA